AUGCCCCUGACCCGGGCAGAGCCGGCUGCUGGCACAGAGGACACGGGAGCGGUGGCCCCGGCUGUGGACCUGGUGCUGGGCGCCUCGGCCUGUUGCCUGGCCUGCAUCUUCACCAACCCCCUGGAGGUGGUGAAGACUCGGCUGCAGCUGCAGGGGGAGCUGCAGGCCCCGGGCACCUACCCUCAGCCCUACCGGGGCUUUGUGGCCUCCAUAGCCGCCGUGGCCCGAGCAGAUGGGCUGAGUGGCCUGCAGAAGGGGCUGGCCGCCAGCCUGCUCUACCAGGGCCUCAUGAACAGCGUCCGCUUCUAUUGCUACAGCCUGGCCUGCCAGGCUGGCCUCACCCAGCAGCCAGGUGGCACCGUGGUCGCAGGUGCGGUGGCUGGGGCACUGGGAGCCUUCGUGGGGAGCCCUGCUUACCUGGUCAAAACGCAGCUGCAGGCCCAGACGGUGGCCGAGAUGGCCGUGGGGCACCAGCACCACCACCAGAGCGUCCUGGGCGCCAUGGAGACCAUCUGGCGGCAGCAGGGCCUGGCAGGUCUGUGGCGGGGUGUGGGCGGGGCUGUGCCCCGAGUCAUGGUUGGCUCAGCUGCCCAGCUGGCCACCUUCGCCUCUGCCAAGGCCUGGGUGCAGGAGCGACAGUGGCUCCCGGAGGACAGCUGGCUGGUGGCCCUGGCCGGAGGCAUGAUCAGCAGUGUGGCGGUGGUGGCAGUCAUGACCCCCUUCGAUGUGGUCAGCACUCGGCUGUACAAUCAGCCCGUGGAUGGAGCUGGCAGGGGCCGGCUGUACCGGGGCCUGGCUGACUGCCUGGUGAAGAUCUGGCGGCAGGAGGGACCCCUGGCGCUCUACAAGGGUCUGGGCCCCGCCUACCUGCGCCUGGGCCCCCACACCAUCCUCAGCAUGCUCUUCUGGGAUGAGCUCCGGAAACUGGCCCGAUAG